AUGACUUCGAGCAAGUUUAGAAGAGCCUUGGGGGCGGUGAAGGACCAGACGAGUAUAGGCCUAGCUAAAGUUGGUAGCAGCACAUCUCUGGCGGACCUAGACGUGGCCAUUGUGAAAGCAUCGAGGCACGAAGAGUACCCGACAGAGGAGAAAUACAUACGAGAGAUUCUGAGCUUGACAUGCUACUCGCGCGCCUACAUCAGCGCCUGCGUCAACACCAUCUCCAGGCGUCUCAACAAGACCAAGAACUGGAUCGUUGCCCUCAAAACCUUAAUGUUGGUCCAACGGCUGCUGUCCGAGGGCGACCCGGCUUAUGAACAGGAAAUAUUUUUCUCCACAAGGCGCGGCACUCGCUUCCUCAACAUGUCCGAUUUUCGGGACGCUUCCACGUCCAAUUCGUGGGACUACUCUGCGUUUGUGCGCACGUACGCCUUGUAUCUGGAUGAACGGCUUGAGUUCCGAAUGCAAAGCCGGCGCGGGAAACGUAGCGCCUUCGGAAUCGACGAAGAAGAGGAUCCUCAGGAGCCGCCCCAUAAUUAUGCUAACCAGCAGUCAUGUCCCAGAGCCACGCCUGUGCAUGAGAUGAAAGCUGAGAAGCUUUUUUCUAGGAUGCAGCAUGUGCAGCAGCUCCUUGAGCGCUUCUUAGCAUGUCGCCCAACAGGUGAAGCAAAGACCAACAGGGUAGUAAUAGUGGCGCUGUUCCCAAUAGUGAAAGAAAGCUUCCAGAUAUAUUAUGACAUAACAGAAAUAAUGGGCGUCUUAAUCGAUCGCUUCAUGGAGCUGGAGAUCCACGACUGUGCCAAGGUAUUCGAGAUAUUCUGCCGCAUCGGAAAGCAGUUUGAUGAGCUGGACACAUUCUACAGCUGGUGCAAAACCAUUGGCAUUGCUCGCUCCUCAGAGUAUCCCGAGGUUGAGAAGAUUACACCCAAGAAACUGGAGGUGAUGGAGGAGUACAUACGCGACAAGUCAGCCUUGGCGCAGGGCAGGAAGUCGGUCAAGGCGCUGCUGGAGCAACAGAAGAUUGAGGAGAUAGAUCAAGAAACUAAUCGGGACGAAGAAGAAGAAGAUAUGAAUGCCAUGAAGGCCUUGCCACCACCUGAAAGUUUUGUUGAGGAAAGCAAUAACAAGGAAAUAGAGCCAGUAAAGGAAGAAGAAACUAAGAAACCGCAACAAGAAGAAGGGGACCUGUUGAACUUGGGAGACGACGCUGUGUCGAGCGAAGAGCAUGCUGACAAAUUGGCGUUGGCUUUGUUCAAUGGCGCUACUGCAGAGGCAAAAACACGCCUUCCAGCAUGGGAAGCCUUUGCUGAUGAAGCUGAUUGGGAGACGGCGUUGGUCCAGUCGGCCAGUCACUUGUCCCAUCAGAAGGCGUCCCUCGGAGGCGGCUUUGACGUUUUGUUGUUGGAUGGAAUGUACCAGCAAGCUGAGAUAUCAGCGGCGAUGGCUGGCCCAGGAUCUGGAGUGAGUGGAAGUGCGAGUAGUGUUGCAUUGGGGUCAGCAGGACGGCCUGCAAUGCUAGCAUUGCCUGCACCACCAUCAUCAUCAGAUCAUCAUGAUUCUAGUAAAUCAAACGUACACGUGGACCCGUUUGCUGCCUCGUUGGUGGUGCCGCCGCCUUCAUACGUGCAAAUGUCGGACCUGGAGAAGAAGCAGAAGCUGUUGGUGGAAGAACAGUUCAUGUGGCAGCAGUAUGCAAGAGAUGGGAUGCAAGGGCAGCUUGGAUUGACAAAGCUGCAACAUAAUCCUCACAACAUCAACAUGGGAGGUUACACACACACCUACUGACGAUGACUUAACUUAAUUAACACAUUGGUUGAGUUGUUAAUGGUCAUUAAUUAGGGUUUAACCAACCUCCAUGUGAAUUUGGACAUAUUGUUUUUUCCUCUUAUUUAGGUGAGGUUCAGUUCGUUAGCAUUUUAUGCUGGUAGGGCAAGUGAAAUAUGCAAAGGAUUAAGGUAAUCCAUGUAUCAUCGAAGUAUGAAAAAGGUACUAAAUGGUCCACAUUUAUAUUUAUAUGCAUAUGCAUA